CGUAAUAGUGACAAUGCUAUACAUCCGCUGCUGGUUAAGUGCUUACUACUCUUUUGAGCGACUGGCCUGCCACAAAUGACCCGAACUUACGAAUUCUGAUGUCCACGCUGUCGCCGCGGAUGGUCCGGCCUGGGCCCAAGAAGACGGGGCCAAAGAAAACUGACGACGUUACGUACGACGAGGAGCGGGGGCUGUGCGGAGGUGUCGGCACGCGAGCUGGAGCCAGCUGGUUUUUUGCCGCCAUGAAAACUCGCCGUGGAACACUUGCGGUCGCAGCGUUCACGCUGCUUUUGGUGCUGCUGCUACUACCAUUUAUAUUCAUGGAAUGGACGCUGGUUCCAGGGCAUUGCAUGGUACCAGCGUAUAAACGCCCCGACUCCCUGCAGCCGCUCCCGCGCUACCACGGCCCCUCAGUUGAGUUCCCGGACCGCUUCACGUUGGUCAUCAACUCUUAUAAGCGGCCGGAGCUGCUCCAGCGAGCGGUGCGGCACUACUCGCAGUGCAAGUCCAUAGACGCCGUGCGCGUGAUCUGGUGUGAGGAGGGGCUGCCGCCCACUCGCGCCCAGGCGCCCGAGUUCUUCUCCGAGCUCAAGGAGGUCCGGUACGACAUAAUGACCAACUCCUCCCUCAACAUGCGGUUCUGGCCGCUGGAGGGCCUGCGCACGGAGGCUGUGUUGUCGCUGGAUGACGACAUUGUGGCGCCCUGCGGCGAGUUGGACCAGCUGUUUGCGGUGUGGAAGCGUGACCCCUGGAAUAUGGCCGGCUUCUACCCGCGGCUGCACCUGCUGGACAAGGACUGCAAGUACAAAUACCUCCAGGGUUUCGGCACGCUGACGUGGCACGGGGCCUACAGCCUGGUCCUGACCAAGGCGGCCAUGCUGCACCGGGACUACCUGGAGUACUACAGCAACCACAUGGCGGGCGCGAUCCGGCAGCACGUGGACGAGAUGCACAACUGCGAGGACCUGGCCAUGGCGCUGCUGGUGGGCGCAACCACACGCCGCCCGCCCGCCUUCCUGCACAGCGCGCGGGUGGUGGACCUGGGGAAGGGGCUGCUCAAGGUCAAGGGCAUCAGCAGCGGUAACAAGCACGGCGACAUUCGCUCCGGCUGCCUGAACGAGUUCGCCCAGUACUACGGCGGCGCGCUGCCCCUGGAGGUUCGCAGCCUCGCACACCUGCCCUCGCAGGCGCCGGCCGCCAACACGGCGGCGGCGGGCGGCCCUGGCGGGCAGGGCGAAGGGCCGGCGGCGGUCGCCCCCAGCAGCUACAGCGGCGGCGGCGGCGGCGCGGGCCGGUGGUCGUCCUGGGUGCGGCUCAGCCCCUUCACUGACUCGCUGUACGGAAUGCUGACUGGCCAUUUCUAGGUAGAUAAGCUGGAUGGGAGCUAGGUUUGUGACUAUAAGUUUAGGCUGCAUGGGGAUUGGCUGGCUCCGUCCGGCGCUGCUGGUGAAAGGUAGUGAGCAGUCGUAGGCGCUGCUGUUGGCGGCAGGGGGGUUGGCAGAGGUCCACGCGCCCGCGUGCGGCGGGGCAUAAGUGAGCAGGAGGAUUCUGAACAGCAGGAUUGCAGUGGCCACGGAGGUCACCGGAAAGGGUGUGCACGUCAGCAACAUCAGAACGCGCAUGGGUGAUGCGAUUGAUCGGUAUGGAUUUUGCACGGGACGCGAACGAAUCGGAAGGUGGCGAUGGCGGUAUGGACUAUGGACAACCCCCGACGACGGGGUAUGCGUGUGGCUAGGUACCGGGAUGUAUCAAGCCAUUCAUGCGCUAUGGCGUCUGGGAACGCGGGCAGCAGGCCCUGCGCACAGCCGGACGGCCCAUUGUACCGACACGGUGCGUGAACUUGUGAGUACUCACCCCUGGUGUGUACUGCUGGCAACGCAGGGUGGGAGUGGUGGGGUCUGGAUCAGCCUUCCGCGGCAUACUGGUAACGCGGUACUGGUA